UCUCAACCGGAGCGUCGACAACUAGAAGCAGGUAGAAAUUUGGCGCAAAAUCCGUACGGUUGUGUGUCACACUCGCAUUGGACAGACCAUCUUCAAUGGUGGUGGACAGCUGAACAAGAACACCUUUCUGGAGUCAUCGCAGAAAAUGGCGUGCCACCUCUCUACUAUUGCCACCGGAAAGUCACCGGUAUUGCUCCUUCCACCGCAUUCUCCCCCAAUCGCCAGGAAAUUGCCAGCAAAUACAAGGUUCAAAUGUUGUAUCAAAUCACCAUUAACAAUAUCAAUCAAGGAUGCAACUACACAUCUUGUAUCAGCACUUGCUUCUUCCUUACUACUUCUAUCCUCAACAAAUCAGGUUUUGGCUACAGAACUUUCACAUAAUAAUUUAUGUCAGAUUUCAAGUACCACUAGCAACAUGCCAACUCUUCCUCUUGAUGAGGGUUCAAAUCUUAUGAUGAUGAGAGGCAUGACAGCAAGAAACUUUGAUCCUGUAAGAUACGCGGGAAGAUGGUAUGAAGUUGCAUCACUUAAACGUGGAUUCGCUGGACAAGGUCAAGAAGAUUGCCACUGCACCCAGGGGGUAUAUACGAUUGAUAUGGCAACACCAGCGAUCCAGGUGGACACAUUCUGCGUGCAUGGAGGGCCUGAUGGGUAUAUCACUGGUAUACGGGGUAGGGUUCAGUGCGUUUCAGAUGAAGAUUUUGACAAAACACAAACAGACCUAGAAAAACAAGAAAUGAUCAAAGAAAAGUGUUACCUCCGGUUUCCCACAUUGCCCUUUAUUCCUAAAGAACCUUACGAUGUCAUCGAUACCGAUUAUGACAAUUUCGCCCUUGUUUCUGGUGCAAAAGACAAGAGCUUUAUUCAGAUAUACUCAAGGACACCAAAUCCUGGGGCAAAAUUUAUAGAAAAAUACAAGCUUGUGUUGGCGGAUUUUGGGUAUGAUGCAAGCAAAAUUAAGGAUACACCACAGGAUUGUGAGGUGUCGGAUAGCAAAUUAGCUGCAAUGAUGUCCAUGAAUGGAAUGCAACAAGCUUUAACAAAUCAGUUUCCUGAUCUUGAACUUAAGUCUUCUGUUGAGUUUAAUCCUUUCACAAGUGUAUUUGAUACCUUCAAGAAGCUUGUUCCGCUGUAUUUUAAGUGAUCAAGGGUCUUUUUGGUAUUUCAUUUUGUGGAACUGCUAAAUACACUAGCUUGUGUAUACAACCAUACAAAUUUCGUUCAUGUCCU